GACAGAGAAAGAAAGAGAGAGAGGUGGCAAUCAGAAGUAGAGUUUUGGGGAUUGGGGAAGGAAUUACUUCUUUAAUCUGUUCACAGUGAUAGCCCAGAACUCUAACUCUAAAAAGCUCAGAAAAUGUUGAUAGAAAGAAGUCAAAAGCUUUGCUAAUGGGAAAGGCUUUAUUCCCGGGGACACAGAGUGUAAUGGAAGAAUGGACUGAGUGGGAAAGAAAACAAAUAGUAAAUAAUAGAUGAGCUUCAAAAGAAGCUUCAGCUAGGUACAGAGAUGCCCUGGAAGGAGAAUUAAGAAAGUAAGCCGUCAAGGUUUUGAUUCCUUUCUGUGCUAGUGGCCUGCCCCCAUCCCCAGUGACUGUCGCCCAGCUUGGAGACUGUUUCAGGGAGGCUCCAGUCCUUGAUGCAUGUUCUAAUGUCAUCGCUGUGCCAGAUUCGGGGUCCUAUUGUGCCAAACCCUGGCAAUGAAGCCACAGUUCGGUUGGUGCAAGGAAUUCUGGGAUGUCUGAAAGUGACAUGAGUGGAAGGACUCACGUCCCAUCUCUCUUUAAUGCCCUAUUGUCCAGAAAACUGGCCCUACAAGUCAGCUACUUGAAAAGUAAAGAAAAAGGAUAUGGAAAGCUAAGCAGUGAUGAAGACAUCGAAAUAAUUGUUGAUCAGAACCAGGUAGUAGGUGUAACCUUGAAGAAAAAGUGGCACUGUCUUCAAAAAAGUGACCUGACUCUGGCCUUGGGGAAAAGCUCUAGGGCAGCCGAUAAGGCUGUUGCCAUGGUGAUGAAGGAGAUACCGAGGGAGGAGUCUGCUGAAGAAAAGCCCCUCCUUACUAUGACAUCACAGCUGGUGAAUGAGCAGCAAGAAAGCAGACCCCUCCUAAGCCCUUCUAUCGAUGACUUUCUCUGUGAAACCAAAGCAGAAGCCAUUGCCAGGCCAGUAACAUCAAAUACAGCAGUAUUAUCAACAGGUUUAGAUCUCUUGGACCUGAGUGACCCUGUGUCACAAACCCAAAACAAAACAAAGAAACUAGAGGCUACGCCAAAAGCUUCAAGCCACAAGAAGAAGGCUGAUGGUUCUGACCUUAUCAGCACCGAUGCCGAGCAGAGAGGCCAGCCUCUGAGAAUCCCAGAGACAUCAUCGUUAGAUUUAGAUAUUCAGACACAACUGGAUAAAUGGGAUGAAGUUAAGUUUCAUGGAGAGAGAAAUAGCAAGGUCCAUGCCAUGGCAGAGAGGAAGUCAGCAUCAUCCAGGACCGGAUCAAAAGAACUUUUAUGGUCUUCGGAGAGUAGAUCUCAGCCAGAACUGACUAGCGGGAAAAGUGCCCUCAAUUCUGAGUCAGCUCCAGAUUUAGACUUAGUGCCUCCAGCACAGGCUCGCCUGACCAAAGAAGAGCGCUGGGGAAGUGCAUUACUCUCCAGAAACCACUCCUUAGAAGAGGAAUUUGAAAGGGCAAAAGCUGCAGUGGAGUCAGACACAGAGUUUUGGGAUAAGAUGCAAGCAGAAUGGGAAGAAAUGGCUCGAAGAAACUGGAUAUCUGAGAACCAAGAAGCCCAAAAUCAAGUGACAGUUUCAGCUAGUGAGAAGGGGUACUACUUUCACACAGAAAAUCCUUUCAAAGACUGGCCUGGAGCUUUUGAAGAAGGAUUGAAAAGGCUGAAGGAAGGGGACUUGCCUGUCACUAUACUGUUUAUGGAGGCAGCGAUCCUGCAGGACCCUGGGGAUGCUGAGGCCUGGCAGUUUCUGGGUGUAACACAGGCAGAGAAUGAAAAUGAGCAAGCUGCUAUCGUCGCCCUCCAGAGGUGCUUAGAAUUACAGCCCAACAACCUGAAAGCUCUCAUGGCCUUGGCUGUGAGUUACACCAAUACUGGCCAUCAACAAGAUGCUUGCAGCACUCUGAAGAAUUGGAUUAGGCAAAAUCCUAAAUAUAAGUAUUUAGUGAAGAACAAAAAGGCGUCUCCAGGCCCAGCCCGAAGGAUGUCUAAGUCACCAGUUGAUAGUUCAGUCCUGGAAGGAGUUAAGGAGCUGUACCUGGAGGCUGCCCACCAGAAUGGAGAGAUGAUCGACCCUGACCUGCAGACCGGCCUUGGGGUGCUAUUCCACCUAAGUGGAGAAUUCAGUAGAGCAAUAGAUGCAUUUAAUGCUGCCUUAACAGUUCGACCAGAGGAUUAUUCAUUAUGGAACCGCCUUGGUGCCACAUUGGCCAAUGGAGACCGCAGUGAGGAAGCUGUUGAAGCCUAUACCCGAGCUCUGGAAAUCCAGCCUGGCUUCAUCCGGUCCAGAUACAAUUUGGGAAUUAGCUGCAUCAACCUGGGAGCUUACAGGGAGGCAGUCAGCAAUUUCCUCACUGCCCUGAGUUUGCAAAGAAAGAGCAGGAAUCAGCAACAAGUUCCCCAUCCUGCCAUUUCUGGCAACAUCUGGGCUGCCCUCAGGAUUGCUCUCUCCAUGAUGGACCAGCCGGAGCUAUUUCAGGCAGCUAACCUUGGGGACUUGGAUGUUCUACUAAGAGCUUUCAACCUGGAGCCAUGAGGAAGAGAUGAUUCCACCCAGCAGGGCUACUGGAAAAAAUAAUUAGAAUGUCAUGCAAAUUGCAAAAAUGAUUUUAUUAUGAAUUUCAAAAGGAGAAAUCAGAUGUUCAAAAGACCACAGCCAUGCAACCCAAGGGAACCCCUCCCAAUGCUGCCCAAUUUCCGUCCAAGUUCAAAAGCACAAAACGUUGUACAUAGUGUCAAGUCUGGAUUCAAAACAAGGCUAGAAAGAAAUGAGAUGAAAUGAGAAGGCGGACAGUGGGUGAGGAGUGGCUCUCACCAACUAAGAGUGUGUUGUAAGCCAUAGAUGCCAGCUUUGGGGCAGCUGACCAUUUGUCCAAGGACCUAUCCCUUUAGGACAUCAGACCCGUGCAGAAUAAAGCACUGCUUCAGGCCAUGGAAUACAGACUGGGUCUCUUGCUGGGUUUCCCACAAUCCCGCCUCCCUAGGACACAAUCCAGCUUAGACCACAGGGCAUGUACACUGUGUGGGUUGGCUGGGUGGGAAAGGCAGGCAGCAUUCUUUGGAACCGGUUUCCUUUGGAACAUUCACAGUUGCUGUUUGAUUUCAGAGAGUUGCCUUUGCAGGCACAAGCAAGCUUUCUGUACUAGGCUUUUUUUUUCUUUUCUGCUCUUAGCCCAGAUUGAGGCAGGAGCAGGAGGGUGG